CAAUUAGUAGCUGAGUAUGCCACAACUUCUGGGAGGAGAAAAGACCUCUUAGCUUCCUACUGAAUAUCUUUAUUCCCAUUUUCCUAGAUUCUAUGAAAAAGAAGAAAUAAAAGGAAAUCACCCACAUUUUCAAAAUGUUUAUCAAAAUGCAAAAUGAGAUAGACCAUGACCAUGAAUCAGAAAAAUACAUCAAGGAUUCCACCAUCAUGAGAAGAGAUCCCCAAAAUGUUCUUGGUCCUUCGGUGCUCCCUAAACUUGAGAUCCCAUUCUCAGUAAAGGAUAUCAUCUCCAGGAUUGAGCGAGCACAGCUCCAUCGAGCCAGAGAGGACAUUGAUAUGCAGCUGGGUGAAAUAAUGAACAAUGUGCAUCGAAUAAUGACUCGCUAUACUCUUGUUUUUAACUCACCCUCUGAAAGGAAUGUCUCCCUUGCAGAACAUAAGAGAAAACAGAGAACCAGUUUUCUUGAGAAAAUGGCUACUUACGCUAAGACUGCUGAAAUUAGAGAAAAGACUCUUGUCAACAUUCUGGUCUGGUUGGAAGAAUGGAAUGCCAUUUUGUCUGAGAUUACUGUAAUGGAUGUUGAUGAACACCACCACUGGAUAGCACAAAUGGAGAUGUUACCGGAAACAUUAAAAGCUAUUGACAACAAUGUCAAGAUACUAAGCAGAUUUAGCACAUUUUUCCUCGACGAAAAGAAGAAACAAAAGAAAAAAAUAUUAUCUAGAGGUACUCUGUGGAAAUCUUGGAAAGAAAGAGUCAUGAAACGACCUGCAACAGCCCAUGCUUUAAGACCAGAUCAGAUGAUUAGUGAUCAGUUUGCAACAAAUACAAAGGUUUCAGAAAUCCAAGGUAUGCUACAGGAACUCAUAGCCACCACAAUGUUCAGUACAUUGGAAAACAAUGCUAUUAAAUAUAUAUCAUCAACAAUAGUAAACCUUUCUAAAGCUUUGAGUGCGCUAAGUGAUGAAUUAAAAGGUAUUAACUUCCAAAGUUCCACUAUAUAUGAACAUGAAACAAGUGAAGCAGGAAAGGAGCUCUCUCUGAACAUAAUACAAGAUCUCAGUAACGAAAAUGAAAUGCUUCAGCAGAAACUUCAUGAUGCAGAAGAAAAAUGUGAACAACUUCUUCGAUCCAAAAUUGUUACAGAACAGGUGUAUAAAACAUUGUCUGCAUCAUCAACUGUGAAAGCAUUACCUGGAUCUUCUCUGCAGUCAUCCAGGGCCACUAUCAAAGCUGAUGAUAUUGAGGACAAUAUGGACAAUAUUUUAGACAAGGAACUUGAAAAUAUUGUAAAAGAAGUCCAAAGAAAAGGGACCAAGGGCUCUGGGAUAACAUGGGACUCCACUAUUUCAUAUACAGCCCAAGCUGAAACAACUCCAGAUUUAACUGAACAGCAACAGCAACCUGUGGCUUCCAAAGAUAUUUCUGAAAAUGGCACUAAAGAUUACGUAUCACUGAGGAAAGGUGACGAGUAUCAAGCAUGGAAAAAAAAGCACACAAAAGUCACAUAUGUAGAUGAGACCUCUGAACCAAAUCUGAGUGAUAAUAAAGAUGGACAGAAAGUCUCAGAGGCCCAACCUAGUCAAUACUAUGAGCUACUGGAAAAGAAAAGAAAAGAAAAGAAAUCCAUAUCUGAAGUCAAAUCAAAGUCACCCACUGAAGCAAAAGGCCAACAUCUCUUUUUCACUGAAACAAAGAGCCAAGGUGGCAGAAGUAGAACAAGUAUUAUGUUGGAGCAAUUUAGGAAGGUCAAACGUGAGUCCCCAUUUGACAGAAGACCAACUGAACCAGAGAUUAAAGUAGAACCCACCACUGAGGCAUUGCGCAAAGAAAGCAAAGGUGAAAUCAGAAGCCUAGUGAAGCCACUCAGUACAAUCCAAUCUGAUUAUACCGCUGAGCCACAGAAAGGAAAAAUAAAAGGAAAAAAACACCAUAUCUCUUCAGGAACUACUGCAAGCAAAGAAGAAAAAACUGAAGAGAAGGAAGUGUUAACCAAACAAGUCAAAUCUCAUCAACUUGUUAAAUCACUCUCAAGGGUAGCUAAAGAGAUUUCAGAAUCUACCAGAGUUCUAGAAAGUCCAGAUGGCAAAAGUGAACAGAGUAACCUCGAAGAAUUUCAGAACGCCAUGAUGGCUUUCCUAAAACAGAAAAUCGAUAACAUCGGAAAGCCUUUUGACAUAAAGACUCGUCUGAAGGAAGAGGAGUUAUUAAAAAGAGCAGAAGCUGAAAAAUUAGGAAUCAUAAAGGCAAAAAUGGAGGAAUAUUUCCAAAAAGUGGCUGAAACUGUGACUAAAAUCUUGAGAAAAUACAAAGAUAAAAAAAAGGAAGAACAAGUUGGGAAACCUAAAAAACAAAAAAAGGUAGUCUCAUUUAUGCCAGGAUUGCAUUUUCAGAAGUCUGAAAACAGUACCUUUCUCUCACAUGAGAGCACAGAUCCAGUAAUUAACAAUUUAAUACAAAUGAUCUUGGCUGAAAUUGAAAGUGAAAGAGAUGUUUCAACAGUCCCAAAAGUACAGAAAGACCACAAGGAGAGGGAAGAACAAAGGCAGGAGCAAGAGGAUUUGCAAGAGGAUCAAGAACAAAUGUCUGGUGUGAGUCUCAAACAACAGUUGCUGGAAGAAAGAAAUCUCUUAAAGGAGCACUAUAAGAGGAUAAGUGAGAAUUGGGAAGAGAAAAAGGCGUAUCACCAGAUGAAGGAGGGAAAGCAAGAACAACAGAGACAGAAACAGUGGCAGGAAGAAGAGAUAUGGAAGACAGAGCAAAAAGAGAGGACUCCAAAGCAGACUGAGCAAGAGGACAAGCAAAAGCAAAGAGGACUGGAGGAAGAAGAGCUUCCAGAGUCAAGCCUGCAGUGGCUGGAAGAAGGGAUGCAAAAAAUGAAGGCACAAGGGUUGCUCUUGGAAAAGGAGAAUGGACAGAUAAGGCAGAUUCAGAAGGAAGUGAAACAUCUGGAGCCAAUCAUAAAACAGGAGAAAGAGAAGAAAAAGCAGAAGCCAGGGAGAGGGCUAGAGGACCUUGAAAGGCAAAGACAGACCGAAACAAAGGAUCGGAUGCAGAUGAAGAAAGCAAAACCUACAGAGCUAGAAAAAGUGGUCAUCCAAACUCCAAUGACAUUAUCUCCCAGGUGGAAGAGCACAGUGAAAGAUGUACAGCAGUUAUAUCAAGGAGAAGCGUUUCAUAGGAAACUGAAGAAAUUAGAAAAUCUUCCUGAUGAAAAGAAGCCUGUACUAGCCACACCUCCCUCCCCACAAUCCUCCCCACCUGGAGCUCUUCCUAUUUCUGGACAACCUCUCAGUAAACGCAUUCAUCUCACACCACAGCAGGCCCAGGAAGUGGGGAUCACCCUCAGCCCUCAGCAGGCCCAGGAACUAGGGAUCCCUCUUACCCCUCGGCAGGCCCAGGCUCAGGGGAUCACUCUCACCCCUCAGCAGGCCCAGGCCCUGGGAAUUCCUCUGACCCCUCAGCAGGCUCAGGAACUAGGAAUCCCUCUCACCCCUCAGCAGGCCCAGGAUCAAGGGAUCACUCUCACCUCUCAACAGGCUCAGGAACUGGGGAUCGCUCUCACCCCUCAACAGGCUCAGGAACUGGGGAUCACUCUCACCCCUCAGCAGGCCCAGGCCCCGGGGAUCCCUCUCACCCCUCAGCAGGCUCAGGCUCAAGGGAUCACUCUUACCUCUCAACAGGCCCAGGCCCUAGGGAUCCCUCUCACCCCUCAGCAGGCUCAGGCUCAGAAAAUCACUCUCACCCCUCAGCAGGCCCAGGCCCUGGGGAUUCCUCUCACCCCUCAACAGGCCCAGGAAUUGGGGAUCACUCUUACCCCUCAGCAGGCACAGGCCCUGGGGAUUCCUCUUACCCUUCAGCAGGCCCAGGAACUGGGGAUCCCUCUCACCCCUCAGCAGGCCCAGGCUCAGGGGAUCACUCUCACCCCUCAGCAGGCCCAGGCCCUGGGGAUCCCUCUCACCCCUCAGCAGGCCAAGGGUCAGAAGAUCACUCUUACCCCUCAGCAGGCCCAAGUCCUGGGGAUCCCUCUCACCCCUCAGCAGGCCCAGGCUCAAGGGAUCACUCUCACCUCUCAACAGGCUCAGCAACUGGGGAUCACUCUCACUCCUCAGCAGACCCAGGCCCUGGGAAUCUCUCUCAUGCCUCAGCAGGCCCAGGCCCUGGGGAUCCCUCUCACCCCUCAGCAGGCUCAGGAACUGGGGAUCCCUCUCACCCCUCAGCAGGCCCAGGAACUGGGGAUCCCUCUUACCCCUCAGCAGGCCCAAGCCCUGGGGAUCCCUCUCACCCCUCAGCAGGCCCAGGAACUGGGGAUCCCCCUUACCCCUCAGCAGGCCCAGGAACUGGGGAUCACUAUCAGCCCUCAGCAGGCUCAGGAACUGGGGAUCGCUCUCACCCCUCAGCAGGCACAGGCUCAGGGGAUCACUCUCACCCCUCAGCAGGCCCAGGCACUGGGAGUCCCUAUAACCUCAGCAAAUGCCUGGGUGUCAGCUGUCACUCUUACCCCUGUGCAAACCCAGGCUUUGGAGUCUCCUAUCUACUUAGAACAGGCUCAAGAACAGUCAUUGAAAUUAGGGGUUCCUCUCACCUUAGAUAAAGCCCAUACCUUGGGAUCGCUCCUCACCCUUAGCCAAGUCCAACCUUCCCAUAGACCAUUUCAGGAAUCAAAGGCUUCUCUCCCCACUGGGCAAUCCAUCAUAUCAAGAUUAUCUCCAAGCCUUAGGCUGUCUCUGGCAUCAUCUGCUCCUACUGCUGAGAAGUCCUCUAUAUUUGGGGUCUCUUCUACUCCUUUGCAGGUGUCAAGGCUUCCCAUCAAUCAAGGCACCUUUGCCCCUGGGAAGCCCCUAGAAAUGGGGAUUCUACCUGAGGCUGGUACACUUGGGCCACCACAGACUCUUCGUUCCUCUGGACAGACCCUGGUAUACGGAGGUCAAUCCACUUCUGUGCAGUUACCAGCACCACAGGCCCUUCCCACUCCUGGGCAGCUCCCAAUAUCUGGGGCCCCUCCCACUCCAGGGCAGCAACUUAUAGCUGCAGUCCCACCCGCUUCUGGACAGAUUCCCAGUCUCUGGGCUCCUCUCUUUCCUGGGCAGCCCUUAGUUCCUGGAGCCUCUUCCAUCCAUGGGGACCGUCUGCAAUCUGGAUCCUUAACCUUCUCUGAGCAGCUCCAGGAAUUCCAGCCUCCUGCCACUGCUGAGCAAUCUCCCUAUAUUCAGGCUCCUUCUACUCUUGGGCAUCAUUUGGCACCAUGGACCCUUCCUGGGCAAGCUUCUUCAUUAUGGAUCCCUCCCACCCCUAGACAUCCUCCCAUUUGGUCCCCUUCUUUUGCUAAGAAGAGACUGGCAUUUAUUUCUUCUCUGAAAUCUAAAUCAGCACUGAUCCAUCCUAGUGCUCCAGAUUUCAAGGUAUCUCAAGCUCCUUUCACCACUAAGUUCCAAAUGUCAGAGGUCUCUGAUACUUCUGAAGAAACCCAGAUACUUCGAGAUCCUUUUGCUAUAGAAUCAUUUAGAACAUUUCAGUCCCAUCUCACCAAAUACAGGACACCAGUAUCGCAAACCCCUUACACUGAUGAAGGGGCCCUUCCCACUCUCAUGAAGCCUACAAUAUCACUAUCUUCUCUUACUACUCUACUCAAAACAACACAGAUUUCACCUCCUGAAUGGUACCAGAAAUCCCGCUUCCCUCCUAUAGAUAAGCCCUGGAUACUGAGUUCAGUUUCAGGUACCAAGAAACCCAAGAUUAUGGUGCCUCCUUCCUCUCCUAAAGAACUUGAAGAGAAGAGGUAUUUUGUUGAUGUGGAGGCUCAGAAGAAGAACCUGAUAUUAUUAAAUCGGGCUAUAAAAACUUGUGGAUUCCCUUCACAGCUACACAUAACAGCCAGGACUCUCAUAAUUGAGAUACUUCAUAUGGACACGGUUCAGUUGGGAUACCUAUUCCGCAAGUACAUUGCCUAUAGGCUGAUCCAGUAUGCCAGAUUUUUGAAGCUCAAAAAGAUAUAUGAUUUGAAUCUUAGUCAACCUAUCCCCUUAAUCAUCGAAGGAAAGCAGACACCUGCCUCUACCAUAUUUGUUCAAAAGCCAUUCUUAAAACUACUAAUGGAAGAGGACAGAACCUCUGACAUAUUCAAGAAAUUUAGACAACAAGAGGACCAGACAGAGGCCAUCUGGAAUGUUGAUCUGUCCACUACAAGCUACCCAAUAGCAGAGAAGACAUCUAUGCAUUCACUCUGGGCCCAGCUGGGUGGGUACCCAGAUAUUCCUAGGCUGCUGCAGUUAGAUGUGCAGUCUACCUUCAGAAAAUCUCUUGCAUCCCUCCAAUCACAGUAA